CCAGUUUGCAAAGAAAUCCCACUGUAAACUCCCAGUAUCUCUAUGUCUGCCACAAUCCAAGACCAAGGCGAUGUUGCUGCAGGCGAGAAGCGAAUCGAAAGUCAGGGUUUGACGGCAACAGAAGCGCUCGAAACCAAUGAAUCCACAGACGAACAAACCACCGUUUACUUGGAUGGCUGGGCACUUUGGAGUUUGACAUUUGCCUUGACAAGUACGGCAUUCAUGUUGUCUCUCGAUAACACCAUCUUGGCAACUGCUAUUCCCCGCAUCACCAGUGAUUUCAAGAGCCUCAAUGACAUUGGCUGGUAUGCCUCCGCCUACAGAAUCACGCAGAUGGCUCUGCUGCCUACAUGUGGUCGUAUUUUCACUCUAUACGACGUCAAAUGGUCCUACACCAUUUUACUACUCGUCUUUGAACUUGGCUCUAUUGUUUGUGCCGUCGCCCAGAACUCGAUAACACUCAUUGUAGGCCGCGCCGUCGCAGGCAUAGGGGCUGCGGGGUCGAUGGGUGGCGCUGCCAUUAUCGUAUCAUACUGCGUCCCCUUGGGGAAGCGUCCUGUACUCAUGGGUGUCAUCUCACUCAUGUACGGAAUCGGAUCGAUCUUGGGACCGCUAGUUGGUGGUAUUUUUACCGACAAUGCCACCUUGACAUGGCGAUUCUGCUUCUGGAUUAAUCUUCCAUUUGGGGCUAUUGCACUCGCCCAGAUAUGGUACACACUCCAAACACCUCCUCCAGCGGUUAAAGCAGAACUGCCACCCAGGGAAAAGAUACGCCAACUGGAUCUACCAGGGGCCACCAUUCUCAUCGGAUCCGUGGUGUGCCUACUGCUUGCUCUUCAAUGGGGCGGGAUUGUGUAUCCAUGGUCCGAUGCAAAAGUAUAUGGUUGUUUCAUCGGCUUCGCAUUGAUGCUUGUCCUAUUCGUCUUUAUACAGAUGAAGGAUCAAAACAGUUGUACUGUUCCCCUCCGUCUCUUCCGAAAUCGUACCGUAUGUGCAUCCAGCGGUUUCAUGUUGUUUCUUCAACUUGCCGUAGCCGCACAGGCCUACUACUGGCCAAUAUACUUCCAGGCUGUCAAGAACACCAGCGCCAGAGAUUCUGGUAUCUACAUGUUUCCUUUUGCAGUCUCCAGCACCCUUUGCACUUUGGCAAGCGGCUGGAUCAUCUCAAGGAUAGGAUACUAUGUCCCUUUCAUGUGGAUAGGUACUCCAAUCCUUGCUAUAGGUGCGGGGCUUUUCCAAUUACUCGACGCCUACAGUCCAGCUCUACAUUGGGUGGGAUAUCAAAUUGUCACAGGCAUUGGCUUUGGCGUCUGCGGGCAGGUACCAAUCGUGGCAGUACAGGUAGUCUCACAUAAAGAGGACAUACCGACAGCCGUCGUGCUCAUCCUCUUUUUUGAAAGUCUGGGGGGCGCUUUGGCAACCAGUAUCGCUCAGAAUAUAUUUACUGAUAGUCUGCUCCAAGAUCUGGGAAAGAUCCGUGGUGUAGACGGCGGAGCAGUAGUCGAGGCUGGGGUCAAGGAGUUUAGACGGCUAGUUCCAUUGGAGCUGCUGGAUCAGGUCAUUUGGGCCUUUGAAGAAGCGUUAGGAAAUGUCUUUUGGCUAGCUUUGGCAAGUUCGGUCGCUGCUUUGCUUAUCAGUAUCGCUAUGGAGUGGCGUAAAUUGUCAGAUGAGACAGACGAGGAAGAUAUGGAUACGGAAUCGAUAUAG